AUGCGGCCACUAUCUAUGGGAAUCUAUACGCCUUUACCAUGUUUCUUCCACGACAAUGAAGAUAUUGUCAUUGCGAAUGCCGGAACUAUCCCAGUAGUGUCUGGGUCUAUGGGCGAGGCUAUCCAUUUGAGCCGCGAAGAGAAGAAGACCAUUAUACGACUUGCUCGUGUCGCUUUAGAUGAGAUAAGUCUGCAUGGCAUUCCAAUUGUUGCAGGUGCUGGAGGAGCUAGUACCCGUGAAUCUAUUCAACUUUGCAAAGAUGCUGCAGAAGCUGGCGCAGAUUAUGUGAUGGUUAUACCCCCAGGGUACUAUGCCGGAGCCCUGUUAGCGGAUACCACCGCGAUCAAGAAGUUUUUCGUGGAUAUCGCAGAGGCCUCGCCCUUGCCAGUUAUCAUAUACAAUUUCCCUGCCGUGUCGGGAGGAAUUGACAUGGAUAGCGAUCUGAUAGUGCAGAUAAUCAAGUCUUCCGCCAAUGUUUGCGGCGUGAAGCUGACAUGCGCCAAUGUGGGCAAGUUGACUCGGAUAAUGGCUCAAAUUUCGAAACCAGAGUUUCAAAGCGCUUUCCCCCGGUCGUCAGUGUCCCCCUUUCGGGCAAUCGAUGGCUUUAUUGACUUCUUGCUACCAUCUAUUUCGGUUGGAUCAGCGGGCGCGAUUAGUGGCUUGCCAAACAUAGCACCGAAAUCCUGCGUGAAACUGUGGGCUUUGUGUCAAGAUAGCGAGUCCAGCAAAAAAGCAGCUGAGUUACAGAACUUGAUUGCUCUUGCAGACGGAGUGGCACUAAAGAUAGGAGUGACAUCUGCUUCGGUCCUGAAUGGUCGUUUGUACAAGUCUCGAAAAUGCCGGCCUUGCGACGCUUGUCGCAGACGUAAAGUCACCUGCGACAUGCCCAAUGGACCGCCAUGUUAUCGAUGUACUGGCAAAGAUCAACAAUGCACGUUUGAAGAGGGCCCGGGACCUCGAAAGAGGGCUAGACUAUGUGAGCAAACCGAAACACUUGAGACUUGCGAAUACCCUGACGGGUGGUUGGAUCUCUUGAAUGAGAGCCAACCAAGCAAUGGGCAAAGCAAUGAAGCCUUAUCGCCAGGGGAAGGCCUUCUGGGCGUCAUUCCAGAGUUGGAACAAGGAAGCCCACAGACAAGCCACUCGUCUCUCAGUCAGGAUGGCUCGGCAAGGCUCGACUCGCACAACAGCGUCUCAUUCAGUCCGGGAAGAUCUCCACCGAGUCAAAAACGACGCGCAUUCAGUGACUCGCCUGAUCAAAUAGAUUCCCUUGAAUAUAUUCCAGGGGCAUUCAGUUUCUAUAUUGGGCCAACCGGAGUGUCUGAUAUCCAAAUCCUAAGCCAUCAACCCUACAACGACCAGAAUAUCUCAAUACCAAAAGUGAAUGGGUUGAAAUAUCGAAUUAUGGACAAGUCAUGUCAGAAACAGAGGAAAACAGUCGAUUUCUCACCCCCUACUGUUUUUGGUAUCACCGACCACUCUCUCCUAGAGAAAGCGGAGCCAAAAUUUGAUCCACGACUUACGGAUAAUGCAUGGCCUCGCCUAUGGGCUAUGAUGAAUCCCACUGAAGCGUGGCAUCUCAUCAAGCUGUAUUCGCGCUACGUCGACCCUGAGCAAUUAUAUCGUCUUUGCUGGCUUUGCAUAUCACAAGACCUUCACGCACCUUCUCUCGCAACACUUCAAGCCUGUCUUCUCCUUCAGCAGCGACUCCCAACAAACAUGUAUCUCUCAGAUACCGCUUUUGCAUGGUCACUCAUGUCAACCUCCCUGGCCAUUGCUCAAACCGUCGGGCUUCACAGAGAUGCAGGAUCAUGGAUCUCUAUUCCGCCCUGGGAGAAAAGGCUUCGGCGUCGACUCUGGUGGGGUCUUUAUGUCAUGGAAAAGUGGGUCGCCCUGGUACGAGGAAUGCCUAGCCACCUGGGUGAUGAUGAUUACGAUGUAUCUAUGCUCAAGCCCAAAGAUAUACAGGAUACAUUGUCAGACUCGCCGGAUACACAGAGUCAUAUAAAUCAUCUAUCGACGUUAUCCACAAUACUAUCGGAUAUCCAAAGAUCCUUCUAUUCGGUGAAAGCGAUCGGAAAGACAUCCAAUGACCUGCAAUACUCCUUGGACUUAGCACGGCCGAUGCGCGUGAGGCUUAAAGAUUGGCGGGAUAAUCUGCCAGAAAAUUUGAGUCCAACCUCUAAUGCUGUUUCUGGCGAGGACCUCGAUGGGAAUGGAUCACUCUAUCUUUCAUACAUCGUCACGCAUGUGGCUCUCCUUCGCGCUUUGUUACGACCUUUGGAUCAAUGGCCGGCACUUAUCAAGAUGACCCAAGAGGAGCCGAAGGCAAUCUACGAGGGCGCUAAAGCAGUUGUUAAAGGGGCGUUGUUAUGCGUGAAAGAAUUUGUUGAGUUCGUCGAAAAGCUUACGGGAGCACAGUGGAAUGCAUUCUGGCAUAGUUGGAGUCGACCUAAUUUCGCCAUCGCUGGCUCCUUCAUGGUGCAUCUUCUACAAGUCGUUUCACCCCCCAACCAGGCUGAGGGUGAACCAAGGCCUGACUUUCCAGGAUACUCAUUCGACGCAGAGCAUAUCGAACUUCAAAACUGGAUUCGGAGAUGGCGCUGGGCAACUCGCAUCUCGGCAAAUGGAGCGGCGGGGGUGAAAGGCUUGACAAACCUCGGAUUCAUCAAGGUAGAGACUCUAAUGGGGAACGGGGCAGUGUAA